AUGGCUGGGCAGCCGUCGCAGGGCUCUGCUCAUGCUCAGGGACACACUCCUCCUAGCGCAGGAGGCUCUUCCUCGCUUCCUCCCAUCUCGCUCGACACCUUCCGCGCCGCCUCGUUCGAUGUCGCCAAAUUCGUCACGCAGCUUAUGGACGAGGAUGUCAGGAAGGCAAAGGAGGACGGAGCUGCCUUCGACCCAGCCCCCCACAUCCGCACCCUCGAAGCGGCACUCGCCCAACUGCUCCCUCUGCGCAAGGCGAAUGCGCAGAAGACGAGCGAGCUUGAACGGCAGGUCGCUGUGGCGGAGCGGGCGUACAGGGGUGAUGUGAGGGGUGCGAAGGCCGGAUUUGAGACGGUCAACACGCAGUUCCAGGCGCUCGACACCAAGAUCACCUCGAUUGGCCGAACAGCUGUUCGGAUAGGCGAGCAACUCGAAUCGAUCGACCGGCUACGACAACGAGGGAGCGAGGCGCACGACCUGAUUCUAUACUACAACGAGUUUGCGGCGGGCGAUACGAGUCGGCUAGAAAAGAUGCGGAAAGAGGGAGGACGAGAGGGACGGAGAAAGGUGGCGAUCGCGGCGCGACGACUACUCAGUCUAUCGAAGGAGGUUGAGGGUGUGGAGGGAGCGGACAAGACGCGGGAGACGAUCGAGCGAUACUGCGAGCGGUUCGAGAAGGACAUGCUGCGUCUGUUCGACCGGUACUAUCGAAAAGGCGACCCGAAAGCGAUGGCGGAUUUCAAUGGCGGCCAGUCGUGCAUCCAGAUCUACGUCAACCAGCACGACUUCUUCAUCUCGAAGGAGCGGGUGCAAGAAGCUGCAGGCGGCCUCGUCGGUGGAGCUAUCUGGGACCUCCUUCCCGACCCCGACUCGAAGGCGCCAAAGUCCGAACCCGGCUUGACCAGCCUGUUUGACGAGAUCCGAGUGACGGUUGGGCAGGAGGCGCAGAUCGUCACGGCCGUCUUCCCGAACCCGGCGAUCGUUAUGCAGGUCUUCCUGCAGCGGGUCUUUGCGCAGGUGAUCCAGGGAUACAUCGAAACACUCAUCCAGACCGCCUCGUCCUCGUCGACUCUCGCCUACCUCCGCAUCCUCCACCUCUCUCGCGCACAGACCAAUUCGCUCGUGGACGAUCUCAAGUCCCACGAGUUCUUCCGUUCUUCCUCCGCCUCCGCCUCCUCCGCCAUUGUCGGCCCUUCACUUCUCAAUCCGCUCGGUUCGACACAUUCGACCGCGCUGUCGAACGUCACCUCUCCCACCUCGAGCGGGUUCCCCUCCGCGACUGGCGGCGGCGCAGGCGCUGUCGGCGUUGCGGCGGUCAGCCAGAUGCUCGAUCAGAGCGUCGACGAGCUGUUCGUGCCGUACAUGGAGGGUGCGCGGUACCUCGACAAGGAGGGCAAGAGUUUGACGGAGUUGUACGCGGCAAAGCUGAUGCGAUUCACGAACUGGCAUCGCGCGAUGAACAAGGCCAAGCCGUCCAACACGAUCUUCGACCGCAUGGUCAAUCAGCUCUCGUCCGCCGCCCACCAAGCCGCACAUCCCGGCUCUUCCUCCGCCGUCCCCUCAACUACUCAGCCCGCCGAUCACGCAGACGCUUCACGUCUCGACCGGCUCAUGAAGUUCUCCGGCCUGUCGAACAUCGUCGACAAGGGUUCUUCCUCGGCCGACAAGCCGGAGGAGAUCAGUCCGGAGAUGAUGUACGAGGACGGAGAUGGCGAGCUGAGUGUCGAGACGGCGGAGAAGAUGCUCGAGUGGCACGCGGAGGCGGUCGGCAGGAUGGUCGAGCUGAGUCCGGCGAGCGAAGUCCCGAAGAACGCCUUCACGCUGCUCAAGGUGCUCGCAGACAGCUUCGGCAAGGGCUAUCUCGAGACCGCUCUCGACACCGCCAUCCAUCAGCUCUCGCUGUACGACGGCAAGAGCGAGCCCGACCUCGCACCGAUCGGAGUCAUUCGGCGGGCCGACAUGAUCAUGCACCUGUGGCAGCGGUACAUCUCCACCGCGCUCGUCCCUCUCGCCGGUACGUCCGUCACCGUCCGCCGCGAGAUGGGCGUCUUCAACAACCACGUUAGCGUACGCAUCGAGGGCAAGGUCAACAUGAUUGUCCAGCGGACAACGGACGCUAUCGUCUCGUACCUAUCCGUCCUCCUCUCGAAGCAGAAGAAGGCCGACUUCCGACCGAAGAACGAUGAGCUCGCCUUCUCGCGCCUCAACACUGAGCCGUGUCUCCUUGCUUGCGACUUUCUCGCCAAGGUUCGCGAAGCGGCCGUCAACGCGUUGUCCGGCAGAAAUGCAGAGAUCUUUCUGACCGAAGUCGGGGUGACCUUCCACACCCUUCUCCUCGAACACCUGAAGAAGUUCCCUGUCUCGGCAACGGGCGGCCUGAUGCUCACCAAGGAUCUCGCGCUGUACCAAGACACGAUCUCCGCCUUCUCGCUCCCCGCGCUGAACGACCGCUUCGAGAUGCUCCGCCAACUCGGCAACGUCUUCAUCGUUCAGCCCGACAUCCUCCGCUCGUACCUGAACGAAGCGUACCUCGCGCGAAUUGAGAACCGCCUGCUCCGACCUUUCGUCAUGAUGCGUAGCGACUAUGGCGACUACUCGAGGAGGUUCUGGGACGAGGUGUUCGGUCCAGAUGGCGUGCAAGGUGCGGAUGGUGCGGCGGGACAGGUCGGUGGUAGCGCGGCAGGCCAAGGAGGAGCAACGGGUGGAGCGAUGGGAGGUGCCGUCUCAGCUUUGGGCAAGAUCCCCGGCCUCUCGUCGCUCGGAAACUUCAGCUCCGGCUUUGCGUCGAGCGCAGGCGGAUCAGGCGCCGCGAACGGCUCUGCAACCGGUGGCGGCGGACCAUCCAGCGCCGGAUUCAUCGCCAGCAGUUUCGGAUCACACUUCACCUCCUCUUCCUCGCCCCACCUCUCGUCCUCCUCGACGUUCCAGACCUCCGCCGCGCAGUCAUCCGCCUCUCAACCGGCAUACGACCCCUCCCACCCACCCGCUCCUCCCCCUCGCCCCUCCUCAUCCGCCAGUUUCACCCACCCAUCCGCCGUCUCGCAUUCGUCAGCCGCACAAUCGAACAGCGCGAAUCGGAAACAGAGCUUGUUCGGGACGCUGAUGAGGGACUUUGAGGGGUUGGGAUUGAGAGAUGAUGCGGCGAGUGGAGGGUAUGCGAGCGACUCGGCGGGGCGGAGCGCGAGGGAGUAG